AUGCAGGCUGCCGAGUAUGCGUCCAAGCGGGCCCAUGCCACCAUGCAUCCUUCCACUGGUGUCGACCCUACCAAGAAUCACGGCACUUACUGGAAGACCGCCCUCCUGACUGAGGAGCGCGACUGGGAGAAAGUUCCUCCUCCUGCGCGUGAUACCUUCACCCUAUCCGACAUCCUCGGCCAGACGGACCCUCAUCUCGCUGUUGUUUCUCGCACCGGCCUCAUCGGCAUGUCUCUGCAGUACUACCAGCUGCCCGGUGAAACUGAAUGCCGCCAGCACUUCUUCUUCGAACUGAAUGAGAGCGUGCUAUUUGCCGACGUGGACGGAAAACGUUGUGCCAUCCAUGGCUUCGCUAUGUGGAUGGCGCCUACCACCGAUGGGAAGGCCGAACUCACUGUGCGAUUCUGCAUCAAGAGUGAACCUUGGAUGGAUCCUCUUCUGAUCUUUGACUUUUAUGUCGAGAAGUCGAAGAUGGACCCGAAGGAGAACUUCAUUCUGAUCGAUUUCAUCAAUGCUCUUCAGGGAGACUGGCGGCAAGUUGCACGGAUAUCGCGAUGCUCUUGGAUGAUCCGCCUCACCAUCGCCAAGUUCCUCAGCUGGUCCUGCCACGGCAUGGACUUCGAGGAGGCCAACUUUGCAGGCGACGGCGAAUACAUGGGCGAUCUCAAAUUCGACGUCAUCAUCUACAACAAGUUCAAGUCCGACCCCAACGAGCUUGGCGAAAACAUGAAGCGAAUCAUUGACGUGACGAAGACGCCCAUCAAGCGCGGUGUUUGGCUCGACGAGAAUUUCACCCGCCCUCUCGUAUUCAGACUUGCAAAACUGCCGUACGAGGGACCUCCCGCCUGGCGUGAUGCCCUCACCAAUGCGUCGGUUGACAAAUGGUUUGAGGGGAUUGAUGACUGGUUUGCUACGGGAGAGUUUGCUAAGGAGUGA